AUGAAUUUAUUUGAAGUUGCAAACUAUUAUAUCAACCGGAUCUCUAAAUCUGAAUCUAGAUUAAAGAGUACUCAGAACAAUUUGACCCAAGAUCAUGAUGUUCCAAAACUUAAGGCUUUGCUUUUAGAUAAGAACACUGUUCCUACGAUUUCUGUUUGCACCACUCAAAGCGAACUAUUAUCUAAGGAUAUAUACUUAAUUGAAAGCAUUGAAAACAGGAACAGAAAUACAAUGAGAUAUGUCAAAUGUAUCGUAUAUGUAAAACCUACAGAAGAGACUAUGCAAUUAUUAAUAGAUGAGUUGAUGAAUCCAAAGUAUGCGGAGUACUAUAUUUAUUUCAAUAACUUUGUCUCAAAAUCACAAUUGGAAAGACUAGCACAAGCUGAUAAUUUAGAAGUAGUCGUCAAAGUAGAAGAAAUCUUCCAAGACUACCAAAUAUUCAAUGAUGACUUAUUCUCUCUGGACACGCCAUCCAACAAAUUGUAUUCAAAUCAAACAUUAGUUUGGAAUGAAGCUGGUUUAGAAAAUAUUACAAAUUCAUUAAUAUCUUUACUGUUAUCACUAAAGUUGAAGCCAGAGAUUGUCUUCGAAAAUAAUAGUAAGUUAGCUGCAAAACUAGCAAAAGAAGUGAGUAAUGAAAUCGAUCAAAAUGCGAAGACACUAUUUGAUUUCCCUGCCAGAGAUUCUAAACCACUGCUUGUUAUUCUAGAUCGUAAAAACGAUCCAUUGACACCCCUUUUACAACCUUGGACAUAUCAAUCUAUGAUUAAAGAAUACAUUGGAAUUAAAAGGAAUGUUGUAGAUUUAUCAAAUGUACCAGGAAUUGACAAGGAAUUAGCAAAAGUAACGUUAUCCCCAAGAGAGGAUCCUUUUUAUAAAGAAACCAUGCACUUAAACUUUGGUGAUUUAGGUGAUAAAGUUAAACAAUACGUCUCAGUAUAUAAGGACAAAACAAAAUCUAACAGUCAAAUUGGUAGUUUGGAGGAUAUUAAAAACUUCAUUGAAAAAUACCCAGAAUUUAAAAAACUAUCAGGUAAUGUUGCAAAACAUAUGUCCAUAGUUGGUGAAUUAGAUAGACAAUUGCAAACACAAGACAUUUGGGAAUUAAGUGAAUUGGAACAGAAUAUUGCUGUUCAUGACAACGAUGAGACUGUAACUCGACAGCUUUUCCAAUUAUUAUUGCAGCCCACAGAAAAAUUGAAUAACUAUUAUAAAAUGAAACUAUCAUGCAUCUACAUACUGCGUAGCUGCAUCGGCGAUGCAAACCAACAAAAAUUUAGUAGCUUAAUAAAUAAUCUCCAAAAUUCUGGUUUAUCCAUCGAAGAAAUCAAUUUUGUACAUCAUUUCCAUUUGAUGGCAAACGAUAAAGGUAAGUUGCGUAAGUCUAAUGACUCGAGCAAUGGCAAUUCAGAUAAGAAAGAGAAAGAAGAUCUAUUGAGUGAGCUUGCCAAACGUUUUAAUAGUAGAAUGGGCAGGAAUGAUAAGAAGAGUGGUUCAACGUCCAAUAAUGUAUAUAUGCAGCAUAUUCCAGAAAUUUCUGAAUUUCUGACUCAGUUAUCACAAAAUAGCAUCCAUUCAUCCAAAAAAUAUAGCUUUAUCUCUUCUGAGAAGGAUAAAAAGGCAUCAAACAAUUACCCAAUUCAAGAUGUAGUAAUAUUUAUGGUUGGUGGUGUUACAUUUGAAGAAUCGAGACUAGUUCAUGAAUUUAAUGAAGCUAUGAAAAGCUCAGAAGGUAAUAUAAGAUUGAUAUUAGGUGGUACUGAUAUUUUGUCAACUAAGGAUUAUCUAAAUUCUAUAAACGAUUAA